AUGGCUGCUGCUACUGCUGCUGCUCCACGGUUUGCGCCAGAAGACCCUACACUUCCCAAGCCAUGGAGAGGAUUGGUUGAUGGCAAAACUGGGUACCUUUAUUAUUGGAACCCAGAAACUAAUGUGACACAAUACGAGAAGCCUUCUGCACCAUCUCUUCCAUCCAAGCCACCUUCGGUGCCCAUCAAUUCCUCAGUGCAGGUACAGCAGCCUUCUCGCCGUGCGUAUAGUCCUGAAAAAGAAGAUGAUAGGUAUGGGAGGAGUAGCAAUGGUGCACCAACUAGAACUGAAACUGUAGCAAGGAGUAUCCAGAAUGAAAGAAGUUUGGUUUCACAAAAUGGAACAAUCAAUGACUCUGUUGGAUUUGCUGCCAGAGGACCUGCACCCUCAGCAGGUGGAAACAGUUUAUCAGCAGAGGCAUACAGGCGUCGCCAUGAAAUUACUGUCACAGGUGGUGAUGUGCCACCACCUCUUAUGUCAUUUGAAGCCACUGGGUUCCCUUCCGAGUUACUAAGAGAGGUAUACAGUGCUGGGUUCUCUGCCCCAACUCCAAUUCAGGCACAGUCAUGGCCUGUUGUUAUGCAGAGUAGAGAUAUUGUGGCCAUUGCCAAAACCGGUUCUGGUAAAACCCUAGGUUACUUGAUCCCUGCCUUUCUCCAUCUCAAGCGUCUUCGCAAUGACCCUCGAAUGGGUCCGACUAUCCUGGUAUUGUCACCUACAAGAGAAUUGGCAACACAGAUUCAAGAAGAGGCUGUGAAGUUUGGGAAGUCAUCAAGAAUUGGCUGCACGUGUUUAUAUGGAGGAGCACCUAAGGGUCCACAACUAGGUCAGUUAGACAGAGGAACUGACAUAGUUGUUGCAACUCCUGGUCGUCUGAAUGACAUUUUGGAGAUGAGAAGAGUAAGCCUUGGUCAGGUAUCAUACCUAGUUCUUGAUGAGGCUGAUAGGAUGCUGGAUAUGGGGUUUGAGCCUCAAAUACGGAAGAUAGUUAAGGAGGUCCCUUCCCGUCGUCAAACCCUCAUGUACACAGCAACUUGGCCAAAGGAGGUUCGGAAAAUUGCUGCAGAUCUUCUGGUCAAUCCUGUCCAAGUGAAUAUUGGGAAUGUCGAUGAGCUUGUGGCAAACAAGUCUAUCACACAGCAUGUUGAGGUACUGGCAUCCAUGGAGAAACACAGGCGUUUGGAGCAGAUACUACGCUCCCAGGAACCGGGAUCUAAGGUUAUCAUCUUUUGUUCAACCAAGAAAAUGUGCGACCAACUUGCUCGUAACCUUUCUCGUCAGUUUGGAGCUGCUGCUAUCCAUGGAGACAAAUCACAGGGUGAGAGGGAUCAUGUGCUGAGUCAGUUUCGAUCAGGGAGGGCUCCUUUGCUUGUAGCUACUGAUGUCGCUGCUCGGGGGCUGGAUGUAAAGGAUAUUAGGGUGGUUGUCAAUUAUGAUUUUCCUACUGGCGUGGAAGAUUAUGUGCAUAGGAUUGGCAGAACCGGAAGAGCUGGUGCUACAGGUAUAGCUUAUACAUUCUUUGGUGAGCAGGAUGCCAAAUAUGCCUCAGACCUCAUCAAAGUAUUAGAGGGUGCAAGCCAGAAGGUUCCUCCGGAGAUCCGUGAUUUGGCCUUGCGAGGUGGUGGGGGAUUUGGUAGAAAUAGACGAUGGGGUAACGGCAAUGGUGGAGGUCGUGAUUCUGGUGGCCGUGGUGGUGGUGGUCGUGGUGAUUUCAGUUUCGGUGGGAGGGAUGCCGGCAGGGGCAGUUGGGCUCCUAGUUCAUCUAACAGGUAUGAUAGUCGUCCUAGUGAUGGAUAUGGAGGAGGACCGGACAAGGGGUCUAGCUGGAGCGAGCGCCCUGCUAGUAAAGGGUGGAGCCGCGAUCGCAGCCGGAGUAGGAGUCCUGGACCUGCUGGCGGUCGUGGAAGUUUUCACAUGGCGAUGAUGGAGCGUAGCAGGAACGGUGGUGGUGGUGGUAAAAGUCCCUAG